GGCGACACGGCAAUACGCAUGGGGUGUCAACUUCCCUCCCAUUUUCUGGAGGAAAACCAAAAACUCGAUAGAACCUAAACACACGGCGGGCGGACGGGUGGGCGGCAGAUGGCUUCGUCGGAAACACUGCCCAGCAGCGACUCGCAAGGAGAACAUCAAUAGACGGCUGUGGACAGGAUGGUCAAUGCAAUUGCCAGAGACCUCGAUAGUCAUCCUCAGAAAGAUCACGCAACUGGCACGCCUAUAGCCUAGAACCAGAUGAAGCGCGAGGUUGUGUUCGGAACGCCGUCAAGUCAAGCCGUCGGCUCGAUCGCUGUGGCGCCAUAGUUCUUACCACACCCUCCGGAAAUCGGCCCCCAGAAACAUUUGAUGUCGACUGGAUGCCGGUAUUUCUCGACUUCUCUUCUUCUCUGGAUUUUCACACACCCAAUACAUCUAGGAAACAGAGCGACCAUGUCCUGGCAGAGGCUGAUACGGUUUGAAGACGAGGCGGGCCAGGAGGCGUUUGGGGAGCCCAUCGUCGACAAUGCGGACGAUGUCCAGACGCUUGUCGACCAGGGGAGCCUCGUCGUCAAGGUUUUCACGGGAGAGGGUCCGUUUGACCUACAACCGACGUCGCGGGAGGUCAAGGCCAAAAAGCUGUUGCCGCUGCUAUACCCUCGUGACGUGCCCAUCGUCAAGUGCAUUGGGUUGAACUAUACGGCACACAUCAAGGAAGCCGGCCGCACGCCUCCGCCGUACCCGUCCUUCUUCGUCAAGCCGCGCGGCUCGAUCGCGAGCCACGACGAGGACGUGCCGAUCCCGCCGAUCUGCCAGAACGACCAGGUCGACUGGGAGGGCGAGCUGAGCAUUGUCAUCGGCCGGGACGGCAAGAACAUCCGCAAGGAAGACGCCCUCGCCUACGUGGCCGGCUACGUGGUGUCCAACGACGUGUCGGCGCGCAAGUGGCAGCGCGACCCGGCGUACGCGGGCGGCGUCCCGCAGUGGUGCUUCAGCAAGGGCUUCGACAAGUGGGCGCCGGUGGGCGCCGUGCUGGUGUCGCCGCGCGUCGUGGGCAAGGCGGACAACCUGCGCAUCCGCACGUUCGUGGACGGCGAGACCAUGCAGGAUUCGUCCACCGCGGAUCUGCGCUUCGACGUCGAGGACAUCAUCGCCUUUGUCAGCCAGGGCACGACCUUGGAGAAGGGCACCGUCAUCAUGACCGGCACUCCUUCGGGGGUCGGCAUGGGUCGAAAGCCACCGGUAUACCUCCAGGACGGGCAGGUGGUGGAGGUGCGGAUUGAGCAGCUGGGCUCGGUGAAGAACAGGAUGAAGUUUGAAUAGCGGUUCAUCGGGAAGAUGUCAUAGAAGCAAUAGAUGGAAGCCGGCAGCAUUCUAUAUCGAGAUAUAGUAUGUCUGUCUAUGCAAUAAGAUGCCUAGCCUCGAUUUAAU